UCCAUCCAUGGCUCUGACCAGCCGAUGCCGGCUCCGAGGUCGCAGGAUCCCCAUGGAAACGGAGUGCGGAAAAACAAUGUCGUCCCGCUCGGACAGUGGGAGUGGGGAGGACUCGUUGGACCGGCUCCUGCCCCCCGCCGGGGCCCCUCGCAGAAAGAGCACUACCUCACUGAGUACCACAGAGCCUCCUCUGCUACGCACGAGCACACGCACCAUCUACACCGCAGGUCGACCUCCGUGGUAUGACGAGCACGGAGCUCAGUCAAAGGAAGCCUUCGCCAUCGGGUUGUGUGGGGGCAGCGCCUCAGGGAAGACCACAGUGGCCAACAAGAUCAUCGAGGCUCUGGAUGUGCCGUGGGUGGUGCUGCUGUCGAUGGAUGCUUUCUACAAGGAUUUGUCUUCCGAGGAGCAGGCGAUGGCGGCAAAUAACGACUACAACUUCGAUCAUCCGGGGGCUUUCGACUUCGAGCUGCUGGUGGCCACUCUGCGAAAACUGAAGCAGGGCAAGAGUGUGAAGAUCCCCGUGUAUGAUUUCACCACGCACAGACGUCAGAAAGACUGGAAAAACGUGUACGGUGCCAGCGUGAUCAUAUUUGAAGGAAUUAUGUCUUUUGCAGACAAAGAACUUCUGCAGCUCCUCGAUAUGAAAAUCUUUGUGGAUACAGAUUCAGACAUUCGGCUCGUCCGCCGGCUCCGCAGGGACAUCACAGAGCGCGGACGGGACAUUGAAGGCGUCAUCAAGCAGUACAACAAGUUUGUGAAGCCGGCCUUUGAGCAGUACAUCGAGCCCACCAUGAGGCUGGCAGAUAUCGUGGUGCCGAGAGGUGGUGGGAAUAUGGUGGCCAUUGAUCUGAUAGUUCAACAUGUUCACAGCCAGCUGGAGGAGCGAGAGCUCAGUGUCAGGGCGCUCCUGGCCUCGGCUCAGCAGAAUCAGCCGCUGCCGCAGACGCUCAAUGUGUUAGAGAGCACGCCACAGGUCAGAGGCCUGCACACCAUCAUCAGGAAUAAAGAAACCAGUCGAGAUGAAUUUAUCUUCUACUCCAAGAGAUUAAUGCGGCUUCUCAUCGAACAUGCACUAACAUUUCUGCCAUCUCAGUCAUGUGUGGUUCAGACUCCGCAGGGCCAAGAAUACGAGGGCCGCAGUUACAAUGGAAAGGGGAUCACUGGUGUGUCAGUCCUACGGGCAGGAGAAACCAUGGAGCCAGCACUGAGGGCCGUGUGCAAAGAUGUCCGCAUCGGGAAGAUCCUGAUCCAAACCAACCUCGACUCAGGCGAACCAGAGCUGCAUUACCUGCGUCUGCCCAAAGACAUCAGCGAAGAUCAUGUCAUCCUAAUGGACAGCACGGUCUCCACCGGAGCGGCCGCCAUGAUGGCCGUACGAGUCUUAUUGGAUCAUGAAGUUCAGGAGGACCAGAUCGUGUUGGUGUCGCUGUUGAUGGCUGAGCUCGGCGUUCACUCUGUGGCUUACGCCUUCCCGAAGGUCAAGAUCAUCACCACCGCUGUGGACAAGAGUCUGGACGAUUUCUUACAUGUCAUUCCUGGAAUCGGGGACUUUGGGGACCGAUACUUUGGGACGGACGGGUCUGACAGCUGGAGUGACGAGGAGCAGCCAUCGUACUGACGCACUAACCUGUGAGCCUCUGUGAAAGAAGAAACUAACGCUACUUGAAAAAUGUGUGUUAAUGAUCACCCUCCCCUUCAGGCACAGACCAGCAAAAAAAAAAAACACAAACAACUGUGAUUAAUCCCUUUGUUUUGUACUGUACAUGACAUUUUGUACUCUUAUACAACACAUGAGUCUCGCUCACGUUGUAUGCAUGAGGGAUAUUUUGCUGUAUUUACAGAGAAGUGUUCCUUAUUACUACUUUCAAACAGAAGGGUCAUAUAGGUAAUAGUGCCAUUACUUAAAGGAAGAACGUGCGACCUUUUGACCCAGUAGGUGUCGCCCUUGAGCACCAGCAUGAAACCAAAGCAAACAAACAAACUGCUGUUUAGCGACACCGCUGCUCCCCCUCCAGCGUCACACCUCCAACUCCCCUCCACUCACGUUCGCACAAAGGAGUUAUGAAUUACAACGCAUCAUAAUUAAGCUCCUUUAAGCACAAGCGGUGGACAAAACUUUCCUUUGCUGAAGCUGCAAUUUGCUGGCCUGCAUUGUUGUGCUAGCAGGCUAAUGUUGGCUAACUCAUAGCUUCACAUUGCACAUACAUUGACAAGGAAUUACCGAGAUCUAAAGACACUAACAUGACAUGUUAGAAGGAUAUGUUCUUCUUCUUUUUUCUAGUCCUUGACUGAAACAGUUUUAUGCACAAGGCCGUCCCGUCCAUGUAAACACGAUGUAAACACAGCUCCGACAACAGUACAGCUGGCGAGACUCAUUGUAGACAGUCAUGACUCAGAGAGACAUUUACAGAGGAUAUUCUUGAUUUCUGCUGAAUUUAUGUGUCAAAUGUCGCACAUUCUGCCUUUAAAGGUGUAUGUCAUCACAAAGUGAAUAUUAUCAAGUAGCCUACUUAAGGAGUUAUUUCAGGAUUGCACCAGCUGUUCAUGAAGCCUGUUCUUAUUGGAAUAAAUACUGACCAACUCGUGUAUAGGGUUUCAGUUUUUAAGUCUACGAUAUCUUCAUAAAGUAAAAGUAAUGUUUGUCAUGUUCAGGUCAUGUUCACUCAAAGUCAAGCAUGUUCAAUACCAUUCGAAUAAGAAUGAAACACAAAGUACGGCCGAGGCUACUGUGAAAGUUGUUUCAGAAAAUAGGGAAGGGCGCUCUCACACUAGGCCCAGUUGCCCCGUACCGAAGCCGGCCUGUGCAUUCACAUUGCUCCAGGCCUGAGCUCAGUUACCUCUUGUCCAUACGUCAUCACUUUAAAAUACUGGAUAGUCGCAGGUUUUAUCCAGCUGACUCUGAAUAUUUACAUCUGACCAAAUUUUGAGUUGACACUCGACUUCUGCAUUGGACCAAGUGAACCCUUUGCCGCUGCCGUUUGAAAUUAUGAUCUUUGGUUUUUCUGAAAAACUUAAGUCUGUCGAGAAUAUUCUUAAGUUAUUUUUAGAUUCUCCAAAGACUUUAUACUCUGCUGCUGCGGGUUAAAAAAAGAUUUGAAAGUUGGAACUGACGGUGAUGAAAGCCUUGAUACUCUGCACAAGCAGAAAUAUGAUAUUAAAAGAAGCAAAUAGAGUGAAGUACAAUCUUUACCAACUUAAAUGAUAAUUACAUAUUUAGUUGUACGCCAUUUUAUACAAACUGAUCUUUAAGGUGUUAGUUCUGUGGCCCACCUUCUUUCAGGAUGCAACUUGAGAAAAGAGUUAAUAAUCUUUAUUCUGCAACAACAAAAAAAUUGUCAUCCAGAUUGUAGGAAAACAUAGAAGUUUUGAAGACUUAGAAAAUGUGACUCACAGCUCCAUGACUGGGAGGUAAUGUUAAUACAUGAGAGGCUCAAAAACUGCUGCUAAUUAUAGCAAAGUUUGAACAGCUUUAUGAACAGCUGGUGAAACACAGCGCAGGAAUGUGUUCUGGUGUUAAUCUAUUAUUUUACUUCCCAUUCUCUAAGCUGCUCUAUAAAGAUUUUUAUAUGAUACACUGUCAAAAACCCCACUUUAACAUAGCCUUACAGAAGAGUAGUUACAUGAAAGUUGAUCUUGAACAUCAAACUUCACACCAGGGAAUCUCAAUGUUGAAGGUUAACUCGUUCUUAAUAGGUUGAAAAUGUCUUUAAAUAUGUAAUACAUCUUCAAUUCAGGGUAUAAGAAAACAUCUUUCAGAUUUAAUUCAGAUUCUGCUUUUACUUCUCACUGCCUCGUUCCUACUUCUACUAAAAAAAAACGAUCAUUUUUUGAUUGUGUGUCUGCGCUGAUCAACCAGGUGUGGAUCAGACUGUCAGUGUGAGGUCAUGGCAGGUCACAGGCUCCCCUCUGAGAGUUUCUUUUUCACGCUCCUGUGACUCUCAGGGUUCAGAUACAGGCCGUCUGACCCCCCUGUGAUGCACUCAAACACCUGAAGGUGUCAGUAUAGCUCACAAUUAGCUUCUCUUUCAGUGUGAUUUAUAGCGUGUGUCCCCCUGAGACACCACAGAACAGAAAAAUGCAAACACACUCACCUGAAACAUCCCCAUCGUUUAAGUUAAAACUCUCAGAUUUUGAGUCAUGAAUGGCAGUGAGAAAAAGACACGUUUGUUUCAUGAUUUUGCUGAAAGCUCUGGUACAGAAUGUUUUGUGUUAAAUCUCAGUUACAAAUAUGUAAGAUCAUGAUGUUUAUGUGAAUCCAGGUUUUCAAAAUGUGCAAUAAAAAAAAACCUUAAGCCUC